CCUCACCCCCAGUUUUAGUAAAUCUCUCUCUCUCUCUCUCUCUCUCUCUCUCUCCAUUUCCUUCGUUGCCUUUUCGCUGUCCCCCUUUCUCUCUCUAACCUCUGCCUAUUGUCGCUACGCUCUCUCCGUUCCCCCGCACUCUCUGUGUGUCUAUCUCGCUAGGGUUACGGCCAGGGGCGACCGACAAUGCUGCCUUACGGCUCGAUCGGGGAGGCUGAGGCCGCCCUCGGCCGCGGCCUGACCUUCGCUGAGACCCUCUGGUUCAACUACUCCGCCACCAAGUCCGACUACUUCCUCUACCUCCACAACAUCCUCUUCCUCUUCCUCAUCUUCACCCUCGUCCCCCUCCCCUUGGUCUUCCUCGAGCUCUCCGGAUCCGUUGGCCUCGACAAGUACAAGAUCCAGCCCCGCGUCCGCCUCUCCUUCUCCGAGAUGCUCCGCUGUUACAAGGACGUCAUGUGGAUGUUCUUCUUCGUCGUCGGCCCCCUCCAGCUCGUCUCCUACCCCACCGUCAAGAUGAUUGGAAUCCGAACAGGGCUAGCUUUACCGUCGGGAUGGGAGAUCUUUAUGCAGCUAUUGGUAUACUUCGUAAUUGAGGACUACACGAACUACUGGAUCCACAGGUUCUUGCACUGCAAGUGGGGUUACCAGAAAAUCCACCGCGUCCAUCACGAGUACACUGCCCCAAUUGGCUUCGCAGCACCGUACGCGCACUGGGCUGAGAUUCUGAUUCUGGGAAUCCCGUCUUUCCUCGGGCCCGCCAUCGCUCCGGGGCACAUGAUUACCUUAUGGCUAUGGAUCGCUUUGCGGCAGAUUGAGGCCAUUGAGACUCACAGCGGGUACGACUUGCCCUGGAGUCCCACAAAGUACAUCCCGUUUUAUGGUGGUGCAGACCAUCAUGAUUAUCACCAUUAUGUUGGAGGGCAGAGCCACAGCAACUUUGCUUCGGUAUUCACCUACUGUGACUUCUUAUAUGGAACUGACAAGGGUUACCGUUAUCACAAGAAGCUAGUUGCAAAGAUGAAGGACGAUGAAUCAGAGAAAAUGCAGUGAGCAGUGGUUGAGAGCGCGGUCAAUCUAGUCAGGAUUAGCUGAGAUGGCUGUGUAGAGGACAUCUUCAGGACAACAGUUUCGUCGUGUUCAAAUUGCCACUUCCUUCACAUGUGAUUCCAAGUCAGCAGCAUCUCGGGCCUUACAUAUUAAAAAGCAGAAGUAGUUUGGUGAAAGAUCCAGUCAUGAUCUUUUUCCCCAAAAUGUGAAUUUUGUUAGAGCGUGGGGAGGGGAGAUGAGUUGAACUGCGAGUCUGUCUUGAGACUGUUGGAAUGAACGUAGGUCAUAGAUUGUGAAUUUACGUUCAAUCCCCUCAUUCUGUCUCGGACUCUCUCAGCACUAACUCGAUCCGACUAUUGUUUUGUAGAUUCAAGUACCUAUGUUUGUAGACUCCAGUGCUUCUGGCUUAUAAUACCCGAGUGUAACGUUGAAUUGGAAUCAUAUUAAACAUGUAAAAAGCUACCUUCAUGCUGAAAUAGGUAAAGCAUUAACA